AUGGCAAAUAAAGCAAGUGAAAUACAGUUCAAAGAACAAUAUAAGUACCUACAUGGUAUCAUUGUGGAAGCACUGGUGUUACCAUCGCAACCUGUACACACGGACAAGUUUCACGGCGUAUACAGUGAGCUCAAAGAGAUUGACUCGAAGACCAGAAAGACGAAACUGUACUUGCAGUACGAGGCUCUGAUGGGAGAAUCAGGAACUGCCAGUGGAAACGACUCGGAGGAUGAUAAUUAUACAUCAGCAAAGAGAACAGAGAACAAAAAGAAAAAUAGAUACGACAAUAUACUUGCACCAAACGAGUUCCGGCCAUUUCUGCUUACACAAGUGCCUGGAUGCACAGAUUAUAUUAAUGCUGUGUUUAUUCCGGGCUACCGAGAUAAGUUUGGCUACAUUCUGACCCAGACACCAAUGCAGGCUACAGCUAUCGACUGUUGUCGUCUAGUUUAUGAGCAGGAGGUCAAGGUCAUUGUCGCUUUUCAAGAAAAUGGUGAUGAUGAUAUCGGUACCUAUUUACCAGAGAAAGGAUCUGUUAAGCUUGGCCCAUAUUCUAUGGCAUUCGUUGCGGAAGACGACCAGAUGAAUUACACCAAACGUGAUUACCAGUUAACAUUUCGGUCAGAGAAGCGCUCGGUUACACAACUUAUGUUCAAGCAAUGGCCACCGACAAGUUUGGUACCAUCGGAUCCCUGCAAAAUGUUAUAUUUUCUGGAAGAGUUAGAAACAUUGCAGAGACAAAACGACAAUAAAACAAUACUGAUCCAAUGUCUGAAUGGUGCUGAACGAAGCGGUUUAGUCGCAGUUUUGAUGAAUAUUUUUGAGCGUUUGAGAUUCGAUAAGGAAGUUUCAAUCCCCCUAGUGAUACGUCAGUUGAAAGUCAGACGCCAACAGAUUGUUCCAAACUUUGAGCAGUUCAAAUUCUGCCAUGACGUUGUUCUUUCCCAUAUUGAGAGCAAUUCAACAUAUGCUAACAUGUGACAUAUAUAUGUGACAGAUAUAUAGAUACAUUAUUUUAUCAUUUCUAUCAUGUCAUCCCGCUUUCUCGAACAAAGAGCAAUUCAACAGGUGACGAAUGAAUAAAUAUUGAUACACUAUUCUACAUUGACAGUAUGCUUUUCUAUAUUGAGAGGAAAUCAACAUAUACUGAUAUGUGAUGAAAGUAUUGACAAAAGUAUUGAUACAAUAUCCUGCCAUGUCAUCAUCAACAUCAUCAUCAUCAUCUUCAGUAAUCUCCUCACUCUAGAAGAGUAUACUCGCGACUAACAUGUUUUCCUGCAGUUAGAUUACUAGUAAUUCAACAAGUACUAACAUUUAACAAAAAUACAGAUGAACCUUUCUACUAUGACAUUGUGCUUUCCUUCUCAUGUUUAGGUUUAUUCAACAAAUACUAACAUUUGAUAAAAAUACAGGUGAUUCUUUCUACUAUGACAUUGUACUUUCCUUCUCGUGUUUAGGGAAAUUCAACGUAUGCAAACAUUUGAUGACUAUAGAACGCGAUAGCAAACGCAUAGAAGAUGAAGAAAUGAUGAAAGAAUUUUUUAAUAUGAUAUUAUUUCGGAUUGGUUUUCCAUUCAUUAUCAAGGCUUUUAAUUAAAUCAUACCCGUAUAUUAACAUAAAUAAGCGAUCACAGAGAUAAUAAGUACACGAUGACAUAAGUUUCUAUAAGAAACAUUUUUGUUAUACGUUUGUAUAAGAUUUUUCUUUAUCUACACUUUAUUGCAUUCAUUUACAGAAUGAGAUCAGUUAUGCUAUUUCUUUUGAGAUUGGAUUAAACUUGAUGUGUAACGGUAUCAACCGAAGGUCUACAUUUUAAACACACCAAAUUGAUUUCAUACCAAAAAUAUAAUUACCGUGAUUGAACUGGCUAAAUAUAUAUUUUUAAAUGUGCUUAAUAACAUAUACUAUAAUAAUAAAUGUGCAUUAGCAAAGCUUAAUUCCUAUCACAAAUGAUUAAAUAUUACCCAAUAUGACAAUGUUUGACGUAAUUGGUGUUCAUUGUUAACAUCAGUUGACCGAAUAUGCUUAUGUAGUCUCAGAAGGUGCUGCAAAAAGACCAGUGCCUUUUGAGAAAAAAACAAAACAACGCCAGAUCAUUGAAAGAAAGGAUUGUUUCACAUGAAAAUUGAUCUGUGUAUAAAACAUGUAUAUUACUCUCCAAAACAAUUGACAGUAUUCGGAUAGAUAGAUUGAAUUCCGAAAAAGGACUGCAUAAAGGGGCCACACAUUCGGACAGUUCUACGCCUUUAAAAACUCAAUAUUUUCAAAGACCUGUUACAUAUCGUUGUUUUGAUGUAUUUCCAAUAAUGUCCCAGUGCUGACAUUUAACAUGAUAACUAGAUGGAACAUAGUUUUCAGCAAUUGUUUACUAAUGACAUUCAUUUCUAAAGGGGGACAACUUUUUCAGAAUAUUUUAAGUAUCCAUUGUACACGACAGUAUGACAGAACGCGUAAUCGUUAGGUUGAUUGUUGGUAAAGAUGUUGUUCGUUUAUCAAAUAGUUCUGUAUUUUGAUGAUAUACUCCUAAACCUUAAACUUUAUUGAAACUUUAAAAAUCUUGCUUCCAAUUGUGGUAAGGCUAGCUGUCUUUAUCACUCGGCAGCUGCUUCAAUACUUAUAUGAAAGUUUAUGUGCUAGUUAUAUUUCACUGACUGUACAUGUUAGUAAAUUCAUACGCUAGAACAUGUUAAAGAGAUUAGGGCAAACUUGUCUGAUGAAACCUUUUGACAAAAACUUUUUUGUAGUAAUCAGAAAGUUGUCGUUAGAGCUUAGUCAACUCACCGAUUAGAAUGUUUCUGUCUACAAAAUUUGUUCCAGUUCACGUAAUCCUUCGCGUGUAUCCGUGCUAUACACCGGGCAAAUUAAAGAACCAUACUGUUUAUUAGCAAAGAGCUAGGCUAAGAUAGCCGGACAGGCCUUAUCAAAAAGGAUUUCUCUCUCUGAUCUGGGGUCUUUAUCUUACUCUGUCCAUCCAUCUGGCCAGAUUGCCAUGUGGGGUCGUGAGUUCAAUCCUCGGGAGAGAUGUAUGUUCUCCGUGGCGAUUUGAUAACAGACCGAAAACAUUUCGUCCUCCACCUCUGAUUCACAUUGGGAAGAUGGCAGCUAGUAUUUGCGGAGAACAGGCUUGUACUGUUACACAAUCUGGGAACUCUGGUUACGUUAACUACCUGCCGUUACAUAACUGAAAUACUGUUUGAAAUCGGCGUUAAAUCCAAAACAAACAAACACACUUCUAAAUGUAUCAUGACGCGCCACAAAAUGACUGUAUUCUUUUGUAUUUCCACGAUGGUAAUCAUACAUGAUUUGCACGAUAAAUAAGAGAAAGUACAAAUUUAGUUACAAAUUGUUACAAAUUGACAGUCACUGUGACAUAUUAUAGAUCAAGGCAAAGUGUCUAAAUAUGUUAUUUAAUCUAUGUAACAGUACUGGUAUCCACAGAACUAGUUUCAUCAUGUUGAGUUUGGUCAAAUUUUGUUUCUAGAGUGUACAAUAUUGACUGAAUAAAUUUGCAGAUGAAGUUGUGAAAACACAUUAAUUCAGGGAGAGCCUAUAUUUUCCAUCUGUCAUCUUGUAGUAUAGCGGUAUUAUCAGAAUGAUUUUCACGAAGUUCAGGUAGGAGGUAAAAGUAGGUCACUAGGUUAUGGUGGGUCUUUAAGUAGAACUUAAAAAACUUAACACGAUUAAAACCCCAGUUUCCUUUAUACCGGUUAUCGACCGUUCGAAGGCGGUGGCCACAUUUUCCACUUGUUUUUUUGUUUUUUGUCCGUUUCUUACUUUAUGUUACGUGUAUUUUCUUGCUUGUUGAUGGUGUUUCUUUUCUCUUUCCCCUUGCAUUUAAGCCCUCUCUUUUGUAUUAGUGAGGUUAAAUGCUCACCAGAUUUUUUGCCGCCAGCCGUUCCUAGUGCUGUUUUUCCUGCUUGUCUGCGCUGUGGAAUACGGUUAAGGGAGAGUGCGUUAUUGGAGUGUGGCUUUCCCUGUUGAAUAGUCAUCCUUGCUUUUUUCACUUUCCCCAACAUCCCCACCCUUCUAUCUACCACUUACCUAAUUUGUACUUUGCAUAUAAUCAGAAUGUACUUGUUGGAUUUUUUAAGCCAUCCAUCUGCUAUUUUUUCAGUUACAGUUUAUUUUUGUUGCGGUCCUACUUUGCAAUUCAUGGCUCUAUGGCUGUGUUAGGAGUGCUCUGUGAUUCCAGGAAAUUUACCCUUACCUUUUUUUUUUAUCCUUUUUUAUUUAUGUUGCUUUAUGUUAUAAUUUGUUAGUAUUACCAUAUACCUCUGUAAGAAUACACCUUUUAUCAGACGCUAAGUGAAUAGAAAACUGGACCAGUCGGCUAUAUGGCUUUCUCAAAAAACAAUAUUUUUGAAAUAUCAUACAGACUAUAAUUCAAAUGGCUUUCUUAUUUUGACUUUUUGCUUUGAUUAUUGUUUAUCUUUAGAUAUGCUAAUUUGAACAAACGAUUAAAUGUGUCGCAGUUGUGAGUGUAUCAUCUCAAUAUAUAAUUAUAAACCAUUUCAUAUAUUGUAUACAUGUUCUUUAUCUAUGCGCAAAUGCGCAAUCUACUUUUCAAAUGGUACUUACUUGUAUUAUUCACCAAUAUCUCACCUUAUAGAGCUUUUGAUAUAUUUGAAAUUGUAUAUUUUUGAGCAUAAGAGAAAUAGCAGAUUAAAAAAAGUGAAAUAAAACUCACGGUCGCAUUUGGACAGUUGCAGAAAAGAAUCGGACAAGCCAUUCUGAAAAACAAUGGAAUGGUUUUGGUGGCCAAACAAAGAUGAAAUAUUUCAGUGAAUUUAACCAGUCGUCCGCGUCAAUCACUUUUAACUUUUGCAAGAAUAUAAGUAGUGGACUUCGCAACCGAGUGGUGAAUGUAGCUUCUUAUCUAUUGCUUCUCAACACUGUUUGUACAACCACGCUCGGAAUGUAAUGUUCAGGUGUUUAUUCUGAUUUGUCUUUCCAUGUGGCCUAUCGUGCAACAAAUUGCACGCACAAGAGGUGCAUCAGGUAUAUCUUCCUCAUCUUAACUGAAAUGACAUCAUAUGACCUUGAUCCUGACAGUGUAGCUUAUGACAAAACAGGAACAACUGUUAAAAUAAAAAAACAACAUUAAGUUAGCUCAAUGAUAGAAUCAUGGAGACAAACACAGUUAAACCAGUACUAUACUUCACCUCAGAGCACUUAAUACAAUUGAUUUUGUUUGUAUUUUUCAAAUUUAUAGUGGAUUUAUAUGAAUAAAGAUCACUUAAAAUAAAGACCA